UAGCGCUAAUAUUUACUUUAUUAUUAUUAGUCACAUUUCAUAAUAAUUCAAAAGUAAUUCAUCAAUAGCAACUAACUAAACAAAAAAUAUAGAAACACUUAUAUUAAUAGGCCUAAUUUGCAUGCAUGUAGAGAAGAUAUCUGCAACAAUAUCAGAAAAACAAAACUUUAUGUAUAAAUUAUCUAUUUCGCAAUUCGUUAAAACGUUACGCACGAAAUUAGGAACCAGAGCAAAAUUUCUCAAUAAUUUGCACAAAUUAACUCCUUAAGAUAAUCUAUUUCUGAUUUAUUAACAAUCAUCGACUGCUUUCAUAAACAACUAGGUCAAUAGUCUACAUUUAUUAUUUGAAUAUUAGUAAGUAAAGGGCAGGGAAAGAUGAAUUUUCACAUAUUAUCGUUAAUGCCUCAUUUUUUUUUGUUAGUAAGCAAAUGAGCAAAGAACAUUACAAAUUCGUUGUAAUAGGCGGUGGCAUUGCAGGAGUGACUUGUGUUGAAACUCUCGAAACAUCGAAUGACGAUAGAAUUCUGCUUUUGACAGCGUCACCUCUAGUUAAAGUUAUACAAAACUUUAAACAAAUCUCAAAAGUCAUAGAAGAAUUCGAUGUUACUGAAAAAAAAGCGUUGGAAUUAGAACAAACGUGUAAAAAUGUGACAGUUCAUCAAGAAGUUGUCGACAAUAUUGAUUUUGACAAUAAAAUUAUAAGCACGAAACGUAAAAAAUUUAAAUAUGAAUAUCUUUGUAUUUGUACUGGAGGGAAACCUAAGUUAAUAGCUGAAAAUAAUCCUUAUGUUAUUGGAAUAAGGGAUGUUGAAACAGUACAAAUAUUUCAGAAGAAACUGAAAUCAGCUAGAAAAGUACUAAUCGUAGGAAAUGGUGGCAUAGCAACCGAACUUGCUUACGAAUUGAAAGGUUGCGAUGUAAUCUGGGCCAUUAAAGAUUCAUCCAUCACUUCUACUUUUGUUGAUGCUGGUGCUGCCCAAUUUUUCCUUCCAACUCUACUAAAUGAAAAUCAACGACAGAAUAAAGAUGAGGAAGGCGCAACGAUUUGCAAACGAUUAAAAUAUGGUUUAGAAGGAACACGUGACGCGAAUGACUCAAACAUCUUUGGGGGUGCUUUAGGACCGGAUUGGGCUUCGGGUUUAGAGUUAAUUGAUAAGCAAGAUAAAAAGCAUGUUGUUCAAAUAGAAUAUAGCGUUGAAAUUGAUAAUAUAAUUGAAAAUACUGACGACGAAAGUGAAUUCAACAUCAAAGUGCGCUUAACUAAUGGUAAAGAAUAUAAAGUAGACUUUAUUGUUAGCGCAACUGGCGUAGAACCUAAUACUUCUUUAUUUUCAACUACCGAUGCUGUCAAAUACGCGAGUGAUGGAGGAGUCAAAGUAACAGACAAACUUGAAACUGGUGUGAAAGAUGUAUUCGCUGCUGGAGAUGUGAUUUAUCCCGAUUGGAAGUUUUCUGAUCAAUGGAUCCAUAUGCGAUUAUGGACUCAAGCAAGGCAAACUGGUCAUUAUGCUGCAAAAUGUAUGUUAGCCAAAUCUCAAGAUGACUUUGAAUCUAUAAGUCUCGAUUUCUGUUUUGAAUGUUUUGCUCAUUCAACGCGUUUCUUCGGAUAUAAAGUUAUUCUCUUAGGUAAAUUUAAUGGACAAGGUCUACUGAAAAGCGAAUACGAAGCAUUAAUAAGACUUACAAAAGGAGAGGAAUACGUAAAAGUUAUAUUGAAAGAUGGUAGAAUGCAAGGAGCUAUACUAGUUGGAGAAACAGAUUUGGAAGAAAUGUGUGAGAAUCUUAUUUUAAAUGGCACGGACCUGUCGAGUCUAGGUGACGAUUUAUUAAAUCCUAACAUUGAUAUAGAAGACUAUUUCGAUUAGGAUUUAUAUACAAAUAUAUAUAAAUAAAUAAAUAUAUAUAUAUAGACGGUAUAUAUGUCGUAAUAAAUUUUUG